UCGUGGUAGAUCGUUAUGGUAGAAGAAAUUGUUAUUUUGUGUGUAGGAUGUGAAAAUUCAAGAAGAUGCGGUAAACCUCGUUUUAUUUUUCCUAAAAAUGAGUUUUAUAAAAAGUUAUGGAUUUUAAAUUCUGGAAAUUCGUUUUCCGAAAAACUUAGCAAUGGUCAGCAUAUGUUCUUGUGUGCUGAUCAUUUUGAAAGAAAAUUUCUAAGUUGGAGUCGAUACAGAAAGCGAGUGUCAACGGUGGCAAUACCCUUUUCAUUUGAAAGUAAAAAUUGUGAAACUCCGAAAGUGGAUGAAGAAAACUUGAAUUGCGAUAAUUUUGAAGUUUUAAGAGAUGGGAAACAAACAAAAAUGAAUCCAAUAAAGCUAUUGAAAAAUCAAAACAACGGCACAAACUUGCAAUAUAAAGAAUACCAAUACCAUAAAAGCAAAAACUUUAUGACUGAUGAUGGUCUUAUCCAAUAUUGGGUAUGCCAACAUAGGUUGAAAACCGACCCCAUUGCUUUACCCUCACAGAAGAAGAGAUACUUGAAUUGUUCUGCUACUAUGCAUACUCUUGAGAAGGACGGUCAAAUUUCUGUUAAAAAAGAACCCACUGAUCAUUCUUGUAGUGUAAUUGAUGCUAUCCAAAAAGCGCGUGAAACUUUUAUAGCUGAGAUUCGAAAUAUUGCAGCCACAAGCUCUGAAAAACCUGCCGAAAUAAUUCAAAAUUAUAAGGCAACGAAAACGAUUGAGGAGCUAAAGUAUUUGCCAUCGGACAAGGCGCUUAUAAGGUCCAUUCAGAGAUACCAAAAGCGUAUUAUACAACAAAGUUCGGACGAAAAUCCUGAGGCAACAACAUCGCACAAGGCUAGUAAUCAGAAAAAUGCAUUGAACCAUAAUGUUAAGAACGAAGAAAACGAAUUUAAUGGUACCGAUACACAAUCAAGAACAGAUGAAAUAAACACAACCCACCAAAAUAUAACCCAGCAAAAUGAGAAUGGCGGAAAUAAAGUCGACAUUACAACAUCUAGAAAAAGAAGAUUACAAGUAGAUAAUCUAGAGGGAAAACUCGAAGAUGCUCUUCAGUGCAUAAAAUCCAUGCAGAAUAAAAUUGCAAAACGUGAUGAACAUUCUAUCUUUGGUGAGCUUAUUGCUCACAACAUACGUAUUUGCAAUCCGAGCAAAAAAGAAAUUGCCAUUGCUCAACAUCAUAUAGAAAAUGUUAUUUUUAAUUUAACAAUGGGUGUUUACAGUAAAAGAGGAAGUUCUCAUCUUGGAUCAACAGAUUCGUAUAAUUUUACGGAGUCAACAGAAAAUUUACAACAUACUUUUGAUCGUGUUGUUACAAAAACUGAACCUUAUCUGUGAAAAUAAAACAAAAAUACUUGAAAAA